AUGAAGGGCUGCGUUGUCACCUUAUUUCUUCUCUCUGUCCUACUUGCCAUCUCAGAAGUGAGGAGCGAGGAGUCCAUGAAGCUCUGCGGGCUGGAGUACGUAAGAACGGUCAUCUACAUCUGUGCCAGCUCCAGGUGGAGACGGCAACUGGAGGGGCUCCCUCAGGCCCAGCAAGCUGCGACAGGAAACUACCUCCAGCUCCCGAGUGAACUCGAGGUUUCUGAGGAAAGCAGAGCACAAAACCUCCUGAAGGUGGACUCCUUAGGGGAGGAAAGCCUUCAGGGUGGACAGCUGGCCACUGAAGGGCUUUGGGGGUCAAAGAAGCGUUCAGUGAUGUCCAGACGGGACCUGCAAACGGUGUGCUGCAUGGACGGCUGUUCCAUGACGGAGCUGAGCGCUCUUUGCUAA